GCACCCGAGACGAGAAUAGGUGUCCUAUAUGUUUUUGGGGUCGCUGAUCACGAAUCUGCACUCAGAAUUGCCGUAUCGCAUCAAAAUUUUGAAUAAAUCGCAAAAAAUCGUUCAUAGGUUCAUCGGUUUGGGGUUUAUGGAUUUGAGGUUUGGGGUUUAUGGGUUUGGAGUUUAUGGAUUUGGGGUUUCUCUCCUGACUGCCUGCCCACCUGGUCACCUGCCAGCCUGUCUGUCUGCCUUCCCACCCACCGCCUGCUCGCCUGACUGUCUGUGUGCCUGCUUGCCCAAGGGGACUCACGCUAAUCUAGCACCCCGAAUCGUGAGAGGCGAGGGGACUCACGCUAAUCUACGCCAAGUUGUACAAUAUCACGAUCCAAGCUCCAGCAGUAAUCUGACAUCAUACGUUCGUUCCAUACUCCCUGGUAACGCUGCUCCAUGGUUUUCAUAUCUUGGUGGAACCUCUCACCCUGUUCUUCGCUUACAUCUCCAAGAUUCUUGGGAAAAAAAUCGAGAUGCGAAUGUAGGAAAUGUAAUUUCAAAUUCAUUAAAGCUCCAAUCUUUUCAUAGUUCUUUACUAAAUCUCCUACAAUUUCUUUAAAGUUUGGAUCUUUUACAUUUCCUAGAAACUUUGUAACUACUGCUCUAAAGCUUUCCCAUGCAACAUUUUCUUCAGCAGACAUGUGUUUUUGAAACUGUUGGUCUUUUAGUAAGGAUCUAAUCUGUGGCCCAUCAAAGACACCUUCUUUUAUUUUUGAUUCAGAAAGUUUUGGAAAUUUCACAGCAAGAUAUGUAAAUGCAUUACUUUCACGGCUUUUGAGCGCUUUAACAAAUUGUUUUAUCAGUCCUAAUUUGAUGUGUAAUGGGGGUAGUAAGAUCUUCGACGGUUCAACUAAAGUAUCGUGUAUUAUAUUUUUUGAACCAGGUACCAAUGCUAAUCGAGAUGGCCAAACUGCUUGCCUAUAAUGUUUGUCGCGAGCUCUGCUAUCCCAUUCACACAAAAAACAGGAAAAUUUAGUAAAACCACUCUGUUGACCUAAAAGUAUUGUUAUGAUUUUUAAAUCACCACAUAAUUGCCAUUUGUGUUUUUCAUACUCUAAUUUUUGUAAAAUAAACUUUAAAAUUUCAUACUCUUCCUUCAAAACAACCGAAUGUGCUAUAGGGAUAGGAGCAUAAAGAUUACCGUUAUGUAAGAGUACUGCUUUAAAACUUUUACAAGAAGAAUCAAGAAACAGUCUCCAGUCAGCUGCUACGUAACGAAUGCUACUGUUAAAAGCAUUUAUCAAUCCUUCAACGUUAUUGCAGUAAACCAGAGCAUUUGCAGUAGAAAAGAAUUUUCUAAAAUGUUUAUCUCUAUUACGAUAAAAUGAUAUCUUGGUUUUUGGAGCCAAAACAUGUUUUUCUUUCAACCUAGAAGCUAGAAUUUCAGAGUUUUCCUUAGACAAUCCUAAGUCUCGCACUAAAUCGCUUAGCUCAUGUUGAGUAAAACAGGAAUUUGUUGUUGUAUUUUCAUCAGAAUGGUUAGGUUCAUCAGAAUCAUUACCUUCAUCAGAAUCAUUACGUUCAUCCUGUUCACAUGUUUGAUCAACUGAAUCGUUAAGGUCUACAUUAUCUGAUGAACCUUUAUUAACAGAAACGUUCAAUGUAACUGCAGGUGUUACUGAUGAUACAUUAGGAUAUUGUAUAUAGUUUUUUUGAAUGUUAGUGUACCUGUUUGUUUCUGUUAAACAGAAAUAGCAAUCUGCAUCGUGAUUUUCAGGUUCGUGCCAAAUCGUGGGAGUAGAAAAACGUUGUCGUUUACCUUUGUGAAGAGAAGCAGCGCAUGAAGAGCAUACCCUAUUUGGCGUCCAAGCAUUGUUUGUAUCUUCAGCAAAUAUGCCAUAGCAAAAAUGGUACUUUCUUUUCAAAGUGUCUGUUAAAGCUUUACCAUUUUUGAAAAUAUAAAUUCCACAAACAAAACAAAAAGAAUUGGGACUUAUUUUACAA